GGUUAUUCCUGGACUCAGUGGUACAACAGAGAUACAUACGGUGGAAGCGGAGACUGGGAAACAUUGACCCACCUGAGAGCUGCAAACCCAGGAAUCUGUGAACACCCCGUUGCUUUGGAUGCUUCAACAGUCAGCGGUCAAUCAGUUGCUUCCCAAAAUCAAGUCGUCCAUUACUCUCUGACUGGUGGUUUCUGGUGCAUCAACUCUGAAAAUGUGGGAUAUUGCAAGAAUUAUCGUGUCAGAUUUUGUUGCAGAGAUUCGUAA